GUCACACACACACAGAGCAGCAGCAGCAGCAGCAGUAGUAGUUGAAGAUAGAGAUGCAGACUAUAAAGUGUGUGGUGGUUGGCGAUGGCGCAGUGGGAAAGACCUGCCUGCUCAUCUCCUACACCACCAACAAGUUUCCCUCCGAGUAUGUCCCCACGGUGUUUGAUAACUAUGCAGUGACAGUGAUGAUCGGUGGAGAGCCCUACACUCUUGGACUGUUUGACACAGCUGGUCAGGAGGACUACGACAGACUGCGACCGCUCAGCUACCCUCAGACCGACGUCUUCCUCGUGUGCUUCUCCGUCGUGUCGCCCUCGUCCUUUGAGAACGUCAGAGAGAAGUGGGUGCCGGAGAUCUCGCACCACUGCCCACGGACGCCGUUCCUGCUGGUCGGGACUCAGGUGGACCUGAGGGACGACAGCAACACGCUGGAGAAGCUGGCCAAGAACAAGCAGCGAGCGCUGACCUGUGAGAGUGGAGAGAAGCUGGCGCGCGAGCUGAAAGCCGUUAAAUACGUGGAGUGUUCGGCACUGACGCAGCGAGGACUGAAGAAUGUUUUUGACGAGGCAAUCCUGGCAGCACUCGAGCCUCCGGACACCAAACCCAAGAAACGCUGCUCCCUGCUGUAGGGACGACGAGAGGACAGGAGGACAGGAGGACAGGAGGACAAGAGGACAAGAGGGAGACGAGGUGGAUGGGUAACAGACAAA